CCUCAAAACCUCUAUUUACCACCUGAUCCCCAUUGCAACCUCAUAUGUUGCUAUUAACGACGUACUAGCGCUAGCAUUAAAUAGCGACGAAAUUGAGGAAGCAAGUGUGAUGCGGUGCUUGCGUAGUCCUUGACUCAAAUCCCGGAGCCGCAAUUCGUCAUCGCGUGGAUAGCUGCAUGAAAAAUGUCGGAGCCUAUGGAUAUUGAUGAAGCCGGUCCCAGAGGCACCAAAAGAAAGGCCGAUGAAUCAAAUCUCGAAGUUUCUGCUCCGAGAAGGAUAAGAGUAAGCUUUCAAACUCCCAGAUUUGACUCUUUUUAUUGAUCUUGCCCAGGCUCUUGAUCCAGAUGUUGUCAAUAAAAUUGCCGCUGGAGAGAUCAUUGUCGCGCCUGUGCAUGCUCUCAAAGAGCUGAUUGAAAAUGCCGUGGAUGCUGGUUCAACCUCUCUGGAAGUGCUGGUCAAGGAUGGUGGGUUGAAACUGUUGCAAAUCACCGACAAUGGCCACGGAAUUGCUGUAAGCACCUUGAAUUGAAGCCACUCUCGACAUGUAUGCUAACUGCCAUUAAGAAAGAGGAUUUACCAAUUCUAUGUGAACGAUUUACAACGUCCAAGCUGAAAGCCUUUGAGGAUCUCACUUCAAUAGGAACGUAUGGCUUCAGGGGUGAAGCAUUGGCCAGUAUCAGUCACAUUGCACAUCUUCAAGUCACCACCAAGACGAAGGACUCGAGUUGUGCCUGGCGAGCCCAUUAUGACAGCGGAAAGUUGAUUCCAGCUAAACCCGGUCAAAGCGCUGAGCCUAAACCCACCGCUGGUCGACCUGGUACCCAAAUCACCGUCGAGGACCUCUUUUACAAUGUUCCAACUCGUCGUCGGGCUUUUCGGUCAGCAUCUGAGGAGUAUAACAAAAUCCUUGAUGUUGUAGGAAGAUAUGCUAUUCAUUGUGAUGGAGUAGCUUUUAGCUGUAAGAAGCAUGGCGAAUCAGGAACCACGAUUUCAACCCAAUCUACGUCCUCAACCACCGACCGGAUACGGCAAAUUCAUGGUGGAACAGUGGCAAAUGAAUUGGUGGAAUUCACAUCUUCGGAUGAGCGCUAUGGAUAUAGAGCCAGAGGACUGACCACAAACGCCAAUUACCAUGUAAAGAAAACCACUCUCCUUCUUUUCAUCAACCACCGCUCCGUCGACUCAAGCAACAUUCGAAAAGCAAUUGAACAAACAUACUCAACCUUUCUCCCCAAAGGUGGCCAUCCUUUCACAUAUCUCAGCCUAGAAAUCGAUCCCGCACGCGUAGACGUCAAUGUGCACCCCACAAAACGAGAAGUCAAUUUCCUCAACGAGGACGAAAUUAUCGAAACAAUAUGCGGGGACAUACGCACCAAACUCGCAACUGUGGACGUGAGCAGAACCUUCAUGACCCAGACUCUCCUCCCGGGAGCCCCCAUUCCCCUCGCCCCGGGAUCCUCAAAAGAUAGCAAUGUUACCUCUCCUACAAAAAGUGGACAGGUAUCGACCCCCAAAUCACGACCCUACGAAAACAACCUUAUCCGAACCGACGCCAAAGUCCGGAAAAUAACUAGCAUGCUUCCCCCACACACAACAAGCGCCACCUCCUCCAUGACUCUCUCCAAUGAUCUCUCCACCACCGAAUCAGAAUACAUCUACGAAGACCGCACGCCCAUCAUCUGCCGUCUCCAAACCAUCAAGGAGCUCCGCGCCGCAGUGCGGGACUCCAUGCACAACGAACUCACCGAGAUCAUCGCCAGUCACACAUUCAUCGGCAUAGUCGACGAACGACGACGUCUAGCCGCCAUCCAAGGGGGCGUGAAGCUCUUCCUCGUAGACUACGGGAUGCUAAGCAACACCUACUUCUACCAACUAGGCCUCACCGACUUCGGCAACUUCGGCCACAUAAAAUUCAUCCAUCCUCUCUCUCUAACCUCCCUCCUAACCAUCGCCGCCACGCACGAGAAAACCCACAAUCCCUCCACGGCCCCAGAAGACGACUUCGAGAUCGCCGACGUCGUCGAAGUGGUAAAAGCCCAACUCCUAUCCCGCAAAGAAAUGCUCCAAGAAUACUUCUCCCUCACCCUCUCCCCCACCCCAAACGGGGACGGAGAACUCCUUUCCAUACCCCUCUUAAUAAAAGGCUAUACGCCAUCCCUCGCGAAACUCCCACGAUUCCUGCUCCGACUAGGACCGCACGUGAAUUGGACAGACGAGCAAGGAUGUUUCCACACUUUCCUCCGGGAGCUCGCUUCCUUCUACGCCCCAGAACAACUACCGCCAUUACCCGGUCCUACAUCAGGACCGAACGAAGGGAAAGAAAGAGAAGGAGGAGAUGCCGAACCAGAUAUCCCCGAGCAAAUCAAGACCCGAAGAGAGGAAGUCCGACGAAGCGUGGAGGAUAUUCUCUUCCCCGCCUUCAAAGCACGGAUGCUCGCUACGAAGGAGUUGGUGCAAGAGGGUGUCGUCGAGGUGGCGAAUCUGAAGGGGUUGUAUAGGGUGUUUGAACGAUGUUGAGGGUAUCUACCUACUUGCCUGUCCAUCUAUCUUGAGAUGAGAUGAGUAUCGUGAUAUGGAGAGUAUUCGCUUGUUUGUGUUGGUUUUUAUGGUGGGUAUCUGUCGCUUACUUAUACGGUGUAACGAUGUGCAUAUUUUACUAGAUUGGGUUAGCUGGGUCAUCUCUUUUACUGGCUGACUAGCUGGCUUUUCACUGGCUAGCGGGGAGGUCUACGGUUGCUAAAGUAUAUGGUUGCUUCUGAUUGCAUGGAUUAUAUGGCGUGGCGUCUAUCUUUACUGGACUUAUUGCUUUUUUGCUGGGAAGGGCGUUACGAAGUACUAUAUGUAAUGUAUGAAUCUUGGUCAACAUACAUUUCUUUCGCUAGUUACUACAGUACUACAAAGCUGGGCAUAUUGGCAUUGGCGUUUUGGCAUCGCAUCUUCAGAUCUGACAUCACAAACAUCACGUACUAAAACUGAACUAAACUGAAUCAAAU